AUGGAUGGUUAUUUAUUUACAUUAUGUGUAUAUAUUACAAUUGUUAAUGAUUUUUUUUUUUACAUAUUAUUAUUAUUAUUAUUAAAAAUAUUUUUUUUUUUUUUCCAUUUUCCAUUUUCCUUUUUUUUUUUUUUUUUCCCUUUUUUUUUUUUUUCUUUUUUUUUUUUUUUUUUUUUUUAA